AUGCCUGUUGUUGCAGCUCCUCCCCAGGGCCACGGCCCCUCUACCUUCGAUAAAAUGAAAAUGGGCGCUAUGAUGGGUUCAACCGUGGGUGGUAUCAUGGGUUUUAUCAUUGGAACUGUUACCAUCUUCCAGUACGGUGCUGGGCCUAAUGGUGUGAUGCGGACAUUGGGGAAAUACAUGCUUGGUUCGGGCGCCACUUUUGGUCUUUUCAUGUCCAUCGGAAGCGUCAUCCGUACUGAAGGACCUCACAAUGACGCCUGGCUGCGUGCUCGCGGACCCCCUAUGAUGCUCCCUCGCCAGUCACCUCUACGACCUAUGCGCCAGUAG